AUGUUCUUUUUAGACCGGAGAUGGGCCAUGCCGAUUUACAUAGAAGCAGGAUCCGGUGGAGUGGAUGGAUGCAAUACGGACAGUGAUUGUAACAAUGUUUUACCUGGUGCCAUGUGUGGACCAGAAGGCCUUUGCGGCUUCAGCUUUCCAUCAACCACUACUUCGACGUCAGCUUCCACCUCAUAUGAGGAACCCACCACCACAUAUGAGGAACCCACCACUACAUAUGAAGAACUCACCAGCACAUAUGAAGAACUCACCACCACAUAUGAGCAUCCACCUUAUACGAUCCAUGUUCAUCAUCAAUUUGGGGAUCAUCUGCAGCAACCACGCAAGCUUCCACAACCGUCGAAGAACCCUGCAUUAUAUGACCCAUGUUUAUCCACAGGCACUUCGGACAAUGUGGGCAACAUCUGCAGCGACCACGCCAAGUUCCACAACAUUUCAAGUUACGUUAAGUAA